GACUGAAAUUGCUACUACACAAAAAAGAAAAACAUACAGAAUACGCAUUGCAAAUACCACGCGCCGUACGGACAAAAACAAACAAGAAAACAAGGAGAAAGAGAUACUGGCGCAAGUCAACUGAACUGUGGCAGCAGCAAAAAUUUGACUCUAUUUCGAUUUGUGUGCAACUCCCAAAUCAGUUGGCAGCAGGCGGCGCUGUCUCAGUGCAAUUGUCUUCGUGUGAGCCAGAAAGCUGGAAAAGGAGGAAGGAACAGGAUGCUGUGGACAGUACAUCUGGAUGGUGGACCACAGCGUGUGAAUCAUGCGGCUGUCGGAGUCGGUGAGUUCAUCUAUAGCUUUGGCGGCUAUUGCACCGGCGACGAUUAUCGGUUCAACGAACAGAUCGAUGUGCAUGUGCUCAAUGUGCACUCGAUGCGUUGGACACUGGUGCCACAGCAGUGCGACAACGCUGGCGAUCCGCUCAAGUAUCCGCAGGUGCCAUUUCAGCGCUACGGUCACACAGUCGUCGCCUACAAGGAUCGCAUCUACAUUUGGGGCGGACGCAACGAUGAGCAUCUGUGCAACGUGCUCUACUGCUUCGAUCCAAAGACGGCACACUGGACACGUCCGCCGGUCGGCGGCUGUCUGCCCGGUGCCCGGGAUGGUCAUUCGGCGUGCGUCAUCGGCAAUUGCAUGUAUAUCUUUGGUGGAUUUGUCGAUGAGAUCAAUGAGUUCAGCAGCGAUGUGCACGCCCUCAAUCUGGAGACAAUGGAGUGGCGCUACGUGCAAACGUUUGGUGUGCCGCCAACUUAUCGGGACUUUCAUGCGGCCGUCGCCUACGAGGGCGAACGCAUGUACAUCUUUGGGGGGCGUGGCGAUAAGCAUAGUCCCUACCACAGCCAGGAGGAGACCUACUGCCAUGAGAUCGUCUAUCUGGACAUGAAGACAAAGGUCUGGCAUCGUCCAUUCACCGCUGGCAAGGUGCCAGUGGGUCGACGCAGUCACAGCAUGUUCGUCCAUAACAAAUUGAUCUUUGUGUUUGGCGGCUAUAAUGGCCUGCUCGAUCAGCACUUUAAUGAUCUGUACACAUUCGAUCCGCGCACCAAACUCUGGAAUCUUGUGCGUGCCAAUGGCCAGGCGCCAACGGCGCGGCGCCGCCAAUGUGCCAUUGUGAAGGGCACUCGAAUGUUCCUCUUUGGCGGCACCAGUCCACGUUGCGCCACAGCGCUCACAUCUCUCAACGUGUCGCGGGCCAAUGAGUCGGCGUUGCCAACGCAACCGUUGCCAGCAGCAGGACCUGGUGGAGGAGGAGCAGCAGCAGCAGCCGCAGGAGCAGGAGCAGGUGGUGGAGGUGCAGGAGGAGGAGCUGCAGCAGCUGCAGCAGCAGCCACAUCAGCCGCUGCAGCAGCGGCGGCAAUUACAACACUGAUUGACUACAGCGAUCUGCAUGUGCUGGACUUUGAGCCCACGCUGAAGACGCUGGCGACAAUGGUGGUGCUGAAGCAUCAAUUGGACAUAUCCGGUUUGCCGCGCAGCUUCCAUGCCGAUCUAAAUAUGCUGACACAGCCGAACAGUAUUACACGGCCCAUCAAUCAGGCUGGCUAGCAUUUAUUGUUCUUACUGUUGCUGCCACUGCUGCUGCCGCUGCUGCCACGCCCAAAACUACAACUUAAACUAAUUAAGCGAAAUGGAUAAACAAAACGAAACAAACAAACAAAAAAGAAAUGUAUGCGAAUGGGGCUGAUCGAUUCCCCCGGUGCCUGGGAUCCUCCCCAUUCUCAUCCUGGCAGCUAAUGAAGACAAAAAAUCAGAGAAAACGAAAUACAAGAAAGAAAGGCACGCCGAAGAUUGUAUACCCUUGCAGAACGGAGUCCAGCUGCUGAUGAUGAUAAAAAAAACAGGAAUAUAUAUCUAUAUACAUAUACCGAUGUGCUGCAAGGGUUUUUUAUUCGGAAACUUAGAUUAAAAAUAAUGCGCUUUUAACACAAAUAUGCCUGCUGGAAGCGGAUUGCACUAGUCCUAGUAGUCGAGCAAUUGCAUCCUGUCGAUCUCUUCCACGAGCGCUCGAAUUAUUCGAAUGACAAGAACAAUUUUCACACACACACACACAUACAUAUAUACAUAUACAAACACACACACACACGCACAUAAAACGACAACAACAACAUUGAAACAAAUCUCGUAAUUAACAAAUGCAGUUUCAGAAACUCGCUUGAACAUAUAUAUAUAUAUAUUUACAAAUACAUAAUGACCUAGCUCUAGUUUGUAAAAUGUUUAUACAUUAUAAUCUUAAAUAAAAUUCGUAUAUUAUUAUUAUUGAAAUUAUUCGGCAUAUAAACUUUGCAACUUUUCUUCAUUGCUUGCAUUCAAAAUGCAAAUAAUGUUACCGAAAGAAGUCACAUUAAAAUACGCACAUUUAGGAUAAAUAUAUAUUUAUUAUAUAUAUCUCGCCAAUAAACACAGUUUUUUAAGUUUAUUUUCUCAACCAGUGGUUUAAUUAUAAUUUGCUGCCGUCACUUAACUUAAAUAAUACACAUUUAUUAUGAC